AUGAUGCUCAACUCAGACACCAUGGAGUUGGACCUGCCUCCCACUCACUCGGAGGCCGAGUCCGGCUUCAGCGACUGUGGGGGUGGGGCAGGCCCCGAGAGUGCUGGGCCGGGGUGUCCGGGCGGGGGCCAGGCCCGGGGGUCAGAGCCCGGAGAGCCUGGCCGGAAAGACCUGCAGCACCUCAGCCGGGAAGAGCGCAGGCGUCGGCGCAGGGCCACUGCCAAGUACCGCACGGCGCAUGCCACGCGGGAGCGCAUCCGCGUGGAGGCCUUCAACUUGGCCUUCGCUGAGCUGCGGAAGCUGCUGCCCACGCUGCCUCCGGACAAGAAGCUCUCCAAGAUUGAGAUCCUGCGCCUCGCCAUCUGCUACAUCUCCUACCUGAACCACGUGCUGGACGUCUGAACUCAGCCGGCCUCCAGCCCCGGACUCUCCCCUCCUUCUGGGGCCUCUCUAGAGUCCCUUCUACUGCUCAUUGCUUAGAGUGGCCUUCUCCUCCCCAUCCCAAAGGCAUCAGGCCCAGACAGUGCCCACCGCUGGUCCUGAAGGCCACUUUCUUUUACUGACCUAGGCACCCCUGAUGGCUGUUCUCAUGGGUCCCUUCAGGGGGUUGCUGUUGCUGUUAGGGUCAGAAUCUGGUCAGAAUCAUUCGCUAGAGUGAUCAGAACAGGGCCCUGGUGGAUUUCCUAAACCCAGCUGUCUCUGGGCUGCUGCUUUUUCUACCCCUAUGUCCAGAUUUUCAGACUCCAGACCCGGACUCUCUUCCAUCUGUUCUAGCCCGUGGUGCGGAUGGCGCAUCAGACCUGGAAGGGUGUAAGGCUGGGGUUGGAGUCAGGAAUGGGCUUCUUCAGUAUGCUUGGGGGAGAGGAGGGCUCUUGGGAGAUAGGAGGUGAGUGAAAUAACACAUGAAAGGGGAAAUCUCAGUAGCCAGGAAUAAUAGAAAACUUUUUUGCUUUUCUUUUGUCCAUCUUAUUCCUGAGGCUCAGCACAUACAGACCUCAGCUCUUACUCAGUAGUGAGUGCCUUGCCUUUGCUGAGUUAUUUGGCUGUUUCCCUGCCCCUUACCAUUCCAAUUUUCUCCCUCCCUGUGUGCCACUGAAGGGAAAAAAAAAAAAAAGGAAAAACCUCAAUCCCUCAAUCCUGGGAUGGGGGUGACAUCUCCAAAUAGCAUGUGGUACCUGUAGAAGGCCCAGGCCAUGGGUGGGUGGGGCAGCCCUGACAGCCACUUUCUCCUCCAUCCCAGCCCACCCGGAGGAUGGACAGAACCCAUGCUGUCUCCUCAUUUAGAUGCAAGGGGAUGCCCUAUUAUUGCCCUCCAGGGCUGCUCCUGGUCUUAGGGCCUAUUUAUUACAUUUUUCCCCUUUUUCUUUAAGCUGCCAUUGCAAAAGAAGAGACACCCCCACCCCACCUCAUGGCUCCCCCACCCCAUGGUGCUGAGCCCCACUCACUCAUCAUAGCCCUGGGCCAGCAGAAUGAAGGACCUUAGAACCUGUCUAGAAGAAAUGAACUUACUGCAUUUCUAUGACCUCUCCACCCUCAUACCAAACUCCUAGCUCUACAAGGAUAUUUAUUUAUGUAUUUAUUUAUUUAUCUAUUUAUUUAUUUAUUUAUAAAUAUUACUAUUUAUUGCCGAGUUGUGCACUUUGGGGUAGAUGGAGGGGGGCUCCCGGCUGUAAUAGCUGGGUCUCUCUGGCUCCCUUCCUGGUCACUCCUCUCCUUUUCUUGCCCCUUCUCCAACUCCAGGUGUGUGUGGGAACCCUGCCCCCUUGCUCACCACACCCAUAUCCCUUCCUCAGAUCACCUGUCUUGAACUCCUGGUCCUCUGGGGCAGUGCCCCUCCCCAACUGCUGGGCUCCUGGAUGUCCUUUGUCAACACCCUCUAUCCCCUGACGAUCCCACCCAGUCCCAGCCACGUCCUUCCUCUCUCCAGCCUU